UUCUUCACUGUAUGUAUGAUUGUCUCACAUUUGUUGGCUCAUAUUGUGCAAUUUAUUUCACAAAUUUCGCGUAAUUAUUCAACAUUUCAGAGUAUUUGAUGUUACAGUGAUACUAACAGAUAUUGCUCUAAAUAAACCAAAAGAAGUUUUAUUGUGAAAAACAAAAUGCGGCUUGUAGAUUCAUCAAAACUCUUGCAACUACAAAAUAGACCGACGAAUAUUCGAAAUAUUUGCAUCGUGGCGCACGUGGACCACGGAAAAACUACUUUUGCAGACUCCUUAAUAUCCAGUAAUGGCAUCAUAUCUCAAAGGAUGUCUGGAAAGCUGCGGUACAUGGACAGUAGGCCUGAUGAACAGGAGAGAGGAAUCACUAUGAAGAGCAGUAGUAUAGCCCUAUAUCAUGCUGUAGAUCAACAAGAAUUCUUGGUAAACCUCAUAGAUUCCCCUGGACAUAUUGAUUUCUCAAGUGAAGUGUCUACAGCAGUUAGAUUGUGUGAUGGAGCCAUUGUUGUUGUGGAUGUUGUUGAAGGUGUGUGUCCUCAAACAAGACUUGCACUUAAGCAAGCAUAUUCAGAAAAUAUCAAAGCUGUACUGGUCCUCAACAAAAUUGACAGGCUAAUACUGGAAAUGCAGCUAACUCCACUAGAUGCAUAUGUCCAUCUCACCCAAGUACUUGAGCAAGUAAAUGCGGUCAUGGGAGAAUUAUUUACAACUGAAGUGUUUGAGAAUGAAGAGAAUACUAUGGAAAAACAGCAACAAAAACAACAAAUAUCUAAAGAAGACACUGACUACUCAGACUGGGCUUCAGCAUUAGAAGGGGCAGAUGACUCCAACCUCUACUUCUCUCCCGAGCAGGGCAAUGUGGUGUUCGCCAGUGCUUUAGAUGGAUGGGGCUUCACGAUUCACACUUUUGCUAGAUUGUUCGCACAGAAACUAGGUAUCAAAGAAGAGUUACUGCGAAAAGUGCUAUGGGGUGACUUCUACCUAAAUACAAAAGCAAAAAGAGUUAUGAAAGGUGCACAAGAAAAAGCAAAAAAACCGCUAUUUGUCCAAGUGAUACUUGAAAACUUGUGGAAUGUGUAUGAAACAAUUGUCACAAGAAACGAAAAGGAGAAAGUUCCAGUAAUGUGCGAGAAACUUGGAAUCAAACUCACUGCCCGUGAUUUAAGACACACUGACACACGUAUCCAACUCCAAUCAUUGAUGAUGCAGUGGCUGCCUUUGUCCCUAACAGUCCUAAAUAUGGUAUGUAUAAAACUGCCCUCCCCGAAGGAAAUAUUACCGGAGAAGGUUGAGAAACUUAUGUGUUCAGGAAUACGAGAUUUCGAGUCAUAUCAUCCUGAUACUCAAAGACUCAAAAGUGACUUCCUUGCCUGUGAUAGUAUUGGUGAUAGACCUAUUAUUAUUUUUAUAUCAAAAAUGUUCGGUGUAGACAAAAGUAUAUUGCCUGAAAAUAAGCCUAAGGCUUUAACUGAUGAAGAGAUGGCUCUUAGGAGGGAGAAAGCGAGACAGUUACGUGAAGAAAGAAAACUGAAUAACAACGGAGAAGAACCAGUGCCUCUAAAAGAAGAAUUGACAAAAGAAGUCAUUGAAAAUAAUACAGAAGACCAAGGAGGAAAAGAGGAUGAACCGGCCUUUAUAGCAUUUGCUAGAGUUUUUAGUGGAAAAAUAAGAAAAGGAGAUAAAGUGUAUGUUCUAGGUCCAAAACACAACCCGUCCCAUGUACUUAGCAUAAAGGAUUAUAAUAUAAAUUUAGAUAAGAAAUUGAAGGAUUUGAACAGUGAUGAGCAUAUCACUUGUGCAGAAAUCAAAUCAUUGUAUAUACUAAUGGGAAGGGAUUUAGAAAGUAUAGAUGAAGCUGUGGCUGGCAACAUUGUAGGUAUAGGCGGUCUAGAAGAGCACGUACUGAAGACAGCAACACUGAGCAGCACUAUGGCGUGCCCCGCCUUCAGCGAACUGCAGUACGCCGCCGUGCCCAUACUCAGGGUCGCACUAGAACCGCAGAACCCCUCCCAAUUGCCGCAGUUGGUCAAAGGGCUAAAGUUGCUGAACCAAUCAGACUCGUGCGUGCAAGUGUUGGUGCAGGAGUCGGGCGAGCACGUGCUGGUGACGGCCGGGGAAGUGCAUCUGGAGAGGUGCCUUGAAGAUUUGAAAAAUCACUAUGCCAAGAUUCCAAUCACUGUUUCCGAGCCAAUAGUUCCAUUUAGAGAAACCAUAGUAGAACCUCCUAAACUCGACAUGGCCAAUGAAGAAAUAGCUCUCCAACAAACGGACAAAAGAAAUAAGGAAGAGGACCCAGUCGUUACUAUCUACACAAAUAACAAACAAAGCAGAAUAAAAAUUAGGGCCAAACCUUUACCUAACGAAAUAACAGCAUUGCUAGAAAAAUCUACAGAUUUACUUAAAGCCAUAUCGCAACACAUAAAGUAUCUACACAGUUUGUCUAAAAACGAAAAUAUCGAAUCGAAACUUGAAGGACUAUACAUAAACGGGACGAAACAAAAACUGUCUGACCGUAUGUUAAAAUUAAUAGAAACUUUUAAAGAGGAACUUCAGAAUAUUUGCACCAAAUUAGGUCCAGAAUGGAAUGGCUUUGUCAAUCAAAUUUGGUCUGUAGGCCCUAGGAAUUGUGGUGCAAAUGUGCUUUUGAAUCAGACAGAUUAUACCACGAAGUUUUUAGAUCACGAGAAAGAGAUAGUUGAAGAUCAUAGGUUUGAAUAUGAGGGUAGUUUCGUGAAUGGUUUCCAAAUGGCCACUUUGGCAGGGCCGUUGUGUGAGGAACCAAUGAUGGGGGUCGCUUUUUGUGUGGAGGAAUGGACUUUAGAUAAAUGUGUUGGGGAGGAUGUGUCGCAUACGUUUGGACCACUGUCAGGUCAAAUAAUGUCAGCGGUCAAGGAAGGCUGCAGACGCGCGUUCCAAGUUCAGCCGCAACGAGUGAUGGCUGCCAUGUACUCGUGCGACGUUGCGGUGGACCAGAAGGUUUUAGGCAAGCUGUACGCUUCGCUGGGUCGCCGCGGCGGCAGAGUAAUAGCCAGCGACUUGCAAAGCGGAUCUGCGUCGUUCAGGGUGCGGGCGCUCUUACCAGUCGCCGAGAGCUUCAAGUUCGCUCUGGAGCUGAGGACGCACACGUCCGGCUUAGCUGCGCCUCAGCUGCUCUUCAGCCAUUGGGAGGUAAUAGACAUAGAUCCGUUUUGGCGACCGCGAACUGAAGAGGAGUACCUCCAUUGGGGGGAGAAGUGGGACGGGGUGAACAGAGCCAAGGCUUACAUGGACGCCGUAAGGGCGAGAAAGGGAUUGGCCACCGACAAGAAGCUUGUGGAGCAUGCUGAGAAACAGAGAACGUUGUCUAGAAAGAAAUAAUAUUCUGUGACGAGAUGUGGAAUUGUUAAGUGGAGAAUUAUGAAUUAGUUUUUUACAGAUUCCGGGUAGUUUCGGGCCGCGAAAAACCAAAAUAUUUUCUUACUCUGUGGUUGUUAUCUGAUAAUUUUCGAUAUUUAUAUAUAAAUUUAAAUAUAAUCUGUAUGCCUAAGUAAACUGAAUGCGUACGCACGCAGCAAUUUUAUUAUUGUAUGAGACGUGGCUGCAAAUGUGCGUUGGCACCUUUAUACUUCUGAUAAAGGACUAAUAUUUUAUCAGUGAAAUUACGUGUUUCAUAAUUAGCAACAUAUUUUAAAAUGACUAUUAUUUUAAUAUGGUACCUACCUACUAUUUGUAGGUAUUGUCUUUGUAUCAUUAUAUGUCGACUUAAAAGUAAAUGUGGCCAAAUUCAGUAAAUACAUAUAUAUUUUUAAAUAUAUAAACUAAUCUGGAUAAGUGCGCAGUAGCCGCGAUCCAUGUCUGCUUUCGAUCUUUUUCUAACCAGUCAUGUUAGAACAUAACUGGAACAUAAUUUCAUGACAAAAUGUAUUUUUCCAAAAGUUAUCCCUAGUACCUAAUAGUGUACGCUAGGUUCUUGAUCUUUUAGUACUUAGUGCUCAAUGAGUGGCGCAGUGGUAAAGUUCUUGCCACUGAACCGAGAGGUCCCGGGUUCGAUCCCCGGUCGGGUCAUGAUGGAAAAUGAUCUUUUCUGAUUGGCCCGGGUCUUGGAUGUUUAUCUAUAUAUUUGUUAUAAAAUAUAAUAUUGUUGAGUUAAUGUUUCAUAACACAAGUCUCGAACUUACUUUGGGGCUAACUCAAUCUGUGUGCUUUGCCUAAUAUAUUUAUUUAUAAUUUAUUAAUACCGUUUAAUUAUAAUGCAUUAGUUGCAUUUAUUGUAAAUCUGAUGCAAGUAUGUGGAAAUUCAAAAUUCGUAUUUGGUAAUAUUUAGAAAUAAUUUUGUAUGCUUAUCCUAUGUAACCUACCUAAGUUUAAUUCUGAAAGAUAUCAUACCAAGAGCACUGUCCCGGAUAGACAGGGGCGCGGGUGGUUCAAUUUCCGCUCGAUUCCAGAAUUUUUUCAUCUCAUUAUUAUUUUCAGAAAUAAGUUAAAAAGCAUGUGUGACUUGUAUAACAAAUCCAUUUAGGUGUCAUACCAUUUUACAGACAGUUGAACAUACUGUAUUAAAUUGUAUUAGUAAUUCAUUUUACCAAUAUUCUUAUUAUUUCUUACUCAGAUGGCUCAAUCAAAUAUUGUUAUUUAUUCGAAAUAAAAAUAUUAACGAUACCAAA